GCAAUUUGACUCACUUGAACUGAGAAGUUGGUCGAAAAUUUGCUUUAAAUCUUUCCAUUUCGACAAGACGCAAGUUUUGUUUCUUUGGAGAUGUGAAAUAUUGUUUAUCAGCUCGAAAAAAAUGCCGCGUCCACCUCCAGUUGUGACAGGGAUCAGUCCAAAGGAGGGGAAACCAGGAACGAAAGUCAUCAUCAGAGGGGAAAAUUUUGGGGCGAGGGCAUCAGAUCUCAUCGGCCUCACAAUCUGUGGUGUGAACUGUUUGUUGUCGGCAGAAUGGAAAUCUCCGAGCAAAGUCAUAGCAAGGACUGGCCAAGGUGACGGGAAAGGAAACGUAAUCUUGAAAACAAAGGCUGGAGGCGUAGGGACAUGUACAGUGCAGUUUAAUGCAAUACCAUUCAAUCCAGGUCCUCUUGAGGAGUCUGCUAUUUGGAUUGACGAGAUACCACCUGAAGACUUACACACAAGCAGUCAUGGUCACUCAACAGUUAAGUCAUCUGGAUAUCAAGAUCCCCUUGGAAUCAUCAAAGAGCCGAGCAGGAAAAGACAUGUUGAAGAGAAUAUCGAUGAAUUUUAUCCUGAAGGCUGCGAAAACACAAUGAGUGUUGAUUUCAUACCAGCUGCAUUUCUUCUAAGAAAGCACUCUGAUGUCAAGUUUAAGCAACUGAAAGAGGGUUUGGAAUAUCUGAAGAAAGAAGAAUCAAGAAGAGCUACUGGACCACUUGCAUUUGUCAAAGAAAAUAUUGCAACCUUCAUUGAUGCAGAAGAAACUCUAACUGCUGUUCAAAGGGAAAUGCUGAAAGAUCAAAGUGGAAGCAAGGGAGGCUCAUUGGCAGAAGCAUUAGGCUCGUAUUUGCAAGGUGCCAGUAAACAUGCGGAUGCACUAUUCCAAGAUGUCUUACGACGCAAAGAUGAUGCUGACACUAUGAGAAACGCCUUGAGUGUUUUACAUCGAUUUAGAUCAUUGUUCAACUUACCACAAAUUAUUGAGAAGAAUAUAAACCAGUACUGGACAUGGUGGAGAGUUAUGGUGGAGAGUUAUGGUAGUUUUGAUGGUGCUAGUGAUUAUGGUUAUUUGGGUGACUAUGAAAUGGUUGUCAAUGAUUACUCAAAGGCCAAGUCGCUUGUUUCAGAUAAUGCACCAAUUGUUUUCAAGAAAGUUUUGGAAGAAGUGGAGAGUAAAGUUGAGAAAUUUCGAAAUCAGCUACGAAGUUGUUUAUCAUUUCUACCAAUACCCUUGAAGGAUAUGAGGAGAUAUAUCAAAUACGUGAUUGGUUUAGACUCUCCCGGCGACGUGGCCUGGGACUGUCUUAUGAACCAACAUAAAUGGCUUUUAGGUUUGCUGGAAAAUUGUCGCUCGGACCAUCUGAGUAAAAAGGUCCGUGGUGCUGGAGCGUUACCUGUGCCAUUGUAUCAUAGCCCCAGACGAGAGUCUGUGGAUAAUUACGGAGGCUGGGGGUCUAAAGGUCACGCUCCUCUGCAAGCAGUCAUCUUUGUUGAAGAACUGUCCGACAUCUUAGCUGAGAGUUUGCCUGAUCUUUGGAAACUUGGAAACGAAUACAUAAGUGGAAGCCUGUUUCAUAAGGAAAAUAUGGACCCUGAGAAACCAUCGUUUGUUCCGCCCGAUGAAAGAAAACUCGAAUUUCAGACAAUGGUGGGUGAGAUUACUGGGCGGUACUUAGACUACAUCGAAGAAGUAUUCGUGGGCGUUUACAAGCGUGAAUCAGACAAGAAAACGCAAUGGAGUUGUCGCCGUGAGGAAAUUACUCCGUGGUUGCCAAAAUGUGUCAAAUUUGUAAGGCGAUGUUAUAGUACGCUGAAAACUCAAUGCGGUAAGACUUCUGUUGAGGCAUUGAAGCCAGUCCAGUUAUCAUUAGAAGAUCUGCAGUUUCUUUCCACUCGAUGUCUUAUGGAGAACGCCGUCGAAGAAAUCAGAAAUCUUUAUCAAAACGAGGAUUGGUCCAAGGAAACGAUCAGUAUUGGUUGUGUGAUAACGAUUUUGCCAAUAACGUUCGAGACAAUAGUCAUUGAUAUUCUUCACGUGCUUAAAGAUGUCAUUGGCGAGGCAACAUUCGGGGGGGAGAAGGGUGAACAGAUCCAGCGGGAGAUGAACGACCUCUUUCUCAAAAUGCUUCAGGCUGUGAUUGAAAGUUUGGAGCACCUUGGCUUUCCAUCCGACGAAGAACUCGACAAGAUAUCUGUUUCAAGUCGACAUCACUAUGGAAGUUUUGAUUCUAAAGAAGACGUUCACUCGAUGAGCUCGAUUAACUCACCUGCCCGGGAUGAACGUUUCCUGAUAGUUCUUAGCUGUUGUUCCUAUCUUCGUGACAGUGUUCUGCUGAAGAUUGUCUCAACCUAUCAAAGUAACGGACAUGCUGGACUUGAAAAUUUACUUCCAUCAUUUAAAAGCGAGAUUACGACACUCGAAAAUCGAAUAUUCAACGCUUAUAUUGAACUGAAAAGCGAGCCGCUGGUUGCCAGAAUCAAGACGGGAAUGUUUGCUGGAGAUUUCAGCUGGGGUCGAUGUUUACAGCCAACUGAUGCACGUGAUUAUAUCAAAGCAGUCAUUCUUGAACUUGUUAUAAUACAUGCACAGGUGUUUUCUGUCUCGGCUUCAUUUGUGCCCAGGGUUCUCUCUCGGUUGACGGAAAUCCUGACUGAAGCAAUUUACAAGUUGUUCAAAAAUUUCAAGGGGAAAUACACUACGAACGGAAUUGUUCAGGCUCGCCUGGAACUAAAAGCACUUGGAGAAGCACUGGGCAACUGGCUCACAGAGAAAUCAAGAUCUUUUCUAGAUAAUUCUUUCCGUUGCAUCCCUGCAAUAAGUAAAGAGGAACACCAAAAAGAAAUUGACCGACUCUUAGAGGAAUUUAAGGCAAAAACGAACUUUCAACUUUUAUGUUUUGAAGAAAAUGACUCUCUGGAUACGUGACGGAUAAAAAAUGAAGCAAAUAAGUUAUGAAUAACGAGUUAUCUGGAUUUAUCGCUUUUAAUUUAGUGCAUUAAACGACUACCUAAUUCGCCCUAUUCUAUGCAUUUUUCAAAUUUGUACAUAUCUCAGCAUCUAAAAUUAUUUUUGUACUUUAUAGAACUCUAUCAGAAUUGAAUUUUAAGAAAUUAAAGCGUUUAUGAAUGCGUUGAAGCUUGUGUAAUGUUUAUCAGAGACCAGUUAUGAGCUAUUCAAAGCCAGUAAAAAUUACAAUCUUGAAAGGGGUUCGACUAUAUUGAAG